GUAAGGUCAGAGCCAGGGGGACCAGGAUGAAAACUCUCCUUCUUUCACUACAAUUGCUACUUGGCCUGGGAUUGGUUCAAGGGGUUCUCAGGGUGCCCUUGAAGAGACACAAAUCCCUCCGGAAAACUCUGAGGGAAAGGGGACAACUUUCUCAUUUCUGGGAGACCCACAAGUUGGAUAUGGUCCAGUUCAUUGACUCCUGCUCCCAAGUUCAGAGUGCUAAUGAGCCUCUCAUCAACUACUUGGACAUGGAAUACUUUGGAGUCAUUUCCAUUGGUUCCCCACCGCAGAAUUUCACUGUCAUCUUUGACACGGGCUCUUCCAAUCUCUGGGUCCCUUCUGUAUAUUGUGCCAGCCCAGCUUGCAAGAGUCACAAUCAAUUUCACCCCUCUCAAUCCAGCACUUAUGUCGAGAAUGGGAACUCUUUUUCCAUCCAGUAUGGGACAGGGAGCUUGUCUGGAAUCAUUGGAAUGGACCAAGUUUCCGUGGAAGGGAUUACAGUAGCCAACCAGCAGUUUGGAGAGAGUGUCAGCGAGCCAGGAAGCACUUUCGUGAAUGCAGAGUUUGAUGGGAUCCUGGGGCUGGCAUAUCCCUCUUUGGCUGUGGGCGGGGUCACUCCGGUGUUCGACAAUAUGAUGGCCCAAAACCUGGUGGAUGUACCAAUGUUUUCCGUCUACAUGACCAGGAAUCCAGAUAGCACCACUGGAAGUGAGCUGAUUUUUGGAGGUUAUGAUCACACUCAUUUUACCGGAAGCCUGAACUGGGUCCCCGUCACCAAACAGGGCUACUGGCAGAUAGCCCUGGACAACAUCCAGGUGGGAGGCACUAUUGCGUUCUGUGCAGAAGGCUGCCAAGCCAUUGUGGACACAGGGACAUCCCUCAUCACAGGACCCCCUGACAAGAUCAAACAGCUGCAGAAUGCCAUUGGGGCAGUGCUCACAGAUGGAGAAUAUUCCAUGGAGUGUAACAACCUCAACGUGAUGCCAGACAUUACCUUCACCAUCAAUGGAAUCCCCUACACCCUGCCCCCUACAGCCUACACACUGACGGUAGGUGGUUUUCCUCUGUUUCACUAACCAUUGGUCCUUCCUCAUGGGACUUCUGCUUCUCCCUUCUCCAGGAGCUACCACAUGCUCAUGUAACCUGGGCUCCACAUCGAUCCCCGAUCCCCUCUCCA